AUGUCGUCCCUCGUGUCAUUCGUCAAGCUAUGCUGGGCCUACCCGUGGCUCGCGCCGGCCCUCAUGGUGGCUGGCUUCGUCGCUUACAAGGCGCUCGGGAGGCGGUGGCGUCUCAACCGCCAGAUAGCGCGGCACAGGCUUGACCAGCGCCGCCGCGCAGGUAUCCCUGACAAUGACACACGUCCUUGGCUCGUUGCGCGCCCAGCUGCCGAGCUGCGGUUACGAGAGGAGGCACGCGAUAGUGCCGAAACUAAGGCGCGCACCGAGGCCGAGGCAGCUGAGAAGUUGCGGCUCGAGGAGAAGCGGAACGAGGUCGACGAAUGGGGCCACCGCAUUGUCGGCCAGCUGCGGAGGAUGCAGUCCACUGGCGAGCUGACGCCGCGGCGCGUCAGCCGCCAUCAGGUCGUCGAUGGCACCGGCUCACCCGAGAUCGAGACCCCACGCCAGCGUCCCGCGCAAAACGCGUCCCCAGCCCGCCCGUUUCCCCUCCAUGCCGCCCACACCACUCGCCGGCCAUCUGGUGCACGGCAGCGCCAACCGUCUAUUCGCAAACCCGUGGCACAGAAGCGCGGCCGCGGCGACUCGUCCGACGAGGAUGAGGAGGAGCAUGACGACCGCGCCACGCGACGGAAGACGCGCUUGCGCCAGCCGAAGCACGUGCCAACCGUCGACGAGGAGAUGGACGAGAUUGACUCAGACAACAGCGAGAUGGCCCUUGACGGCGAACCCGACAAGGGCAACAAGCGCCCACACGACGAUGACGAGGAACCGCGCAAACGUCGUCGCGGUUCCGUGUCCGGCUCGAUGUCUCGCGAGAGCGAGGACGAGGAGAUGCACGAAGAGAUGGACACGGAUGAGAGUGAGACCGAACCCGAGGUUAAGAUUGAGCGCAUGGACACGGAAGAGCUCGCGACGACUACGCCAUCCAAGACCGUCACGCCUGGCAUGAGCGCGACGCCAGGACCCAAGCCCCUCACGCCCGCCAAGCUGCACAACGUCAGUGCGCCGGACGACCUUCCCGUUUACGGCACCGAUGUUCCCGACCUUGCGACUGCGUCACGACGUACCGAUGCGGCAGGCGUCAAGUGGCUCGUCACUUCCCACGUCGAGUACCGGCAAGCCGAUAUACGCGUCCCGUCCCGCAAGUACAAAAUGCCGCGCGACAGCGAGCACCCAGACGCGCGCACGGACGCGUUCGAGAGCGUGCGCGUGUGGGUCGCCGAGGACGUGUACAACGCGCUCAAGAGGGACGGGCGUUUAACUUGGCAGGGGCAAGAGGAGUCGCCUGAGCCUUCUUCGCCCGCAGAACUCAAGAACAGUAACCCCAAGGCGGCGCCACGCGCAACGGGACGUAUUGGUAUCCGGAGCCGGCCGCCAUCGAGACCCGACUCACCUUUCAUCAUGUCGCCGAGCCUCUCGCGCAUCGGCUCGCCCGCCCCUCGCCGACAACUCAGCGAAGCGGGCCGCACCCGCCGGCACGACGAGCUGCUCGCCAAGCUCGGCAAGUCGAGCUCGCCGGUCCAGCCGGCGCCUCUCGCAGCGUCGACGGCCGCUCCAGACGAGAAGCGCUUCACGGCCGAGGAGAAGGGCAAGGGCAAGGUGCCGGCGUCUUUUAGCUUCUCCGCGCCAACCACAAGCUCACCGCUCAAGGUCAGCGCUGUGCCCGAGGAGAAGGAGUCACCGAAGGAUACACCCACCAAACCAUUCUCGUUCAGCUCAACCAUCAGCCCGGCGUCCACUCCUGCGUCCGAGAAGAAGGAGGACAAGAAGAGCGCGAAACCAUUUUCGUUUGACCUCGCCGCCCCAAAACCUGACGCGAAGGAGACGCCAAAACCGUUCUCGUUAGACACCUCAUCCAACGCGAGCGAGAAGAAGGACGCCGCGCCUUUCUCGUUCAGCGCAUCAGCGAAUGAGUCGAAGAAGGACACUUCAUUCUCCUUCGGCACGCCGUCCUCCGCGUCUCCAUUGACAACUAAGCCUGACGCAAAGCCCUUUUCAUUUGACACGCCGUCCGCCGCACCGGCGAAGACAGAGACGGUCAAGCCAGCCAAGGAUUUCUCCUUCGGCACCCCUCCCGCCUCCGCGCCGGCCGAGACACCAUCUCUUGGCGCCGGCCCCGGCUUCUCCUUCGCCAAACCGUCCACCGCUGCGCCGGCGGAGACUCCAGCCCUCGGCGCCGGCUCUGGCGGCUUCUCCUUCGGUAAACCUUCCGGCCCCGCCGCGUCAGUAGAGACUCCAUCUCUCGGCGCUGGUAGCGGCAGCUUCUCCUUUGGUAAACCUUCUGGCCCCGCCGCGCCAGUGGAGACUCCAUCUCUUGGUGCUGGUAGCGGCAGCUUCUCCUUUGGUAAACCUUCUGGCCCCGCCGCGCCAGUGGAUACCCCAUCUCUUGGUGCAGGUAGCGGCGGCUUCUCCUUCGGCAAGCCUUUGUCCUCUGCGGUGGCGGAGACUCCAGCCCUCGGCACCGGCUCUGACCGCUUCUCCUUUGGCGCUCCCUCCAAGCCCGUCGCGGCCUCACCGCUUGGCAAGUCCAGCUUCUCCAGCGCUGCGGCUGGCAAGCCCAAGGCGAGCUUCUCCUUUGGCGCUCCUUCCGCCUCCGCAUCUUCGACCUCCGCACCAGCCGAGACACCCGCUCUCGGCGCCGGCAAGUCCGGCUUCUCCUUUAGUGCGUCGCCCACCAUCCCCACUGCACCCGCCGAGACGCCUGCGUUGGGUGCUGGCAAGUCCGGUUUCUCCUUCGGUGCACCCUCCACGACCGCUCCUGCUGCACCCUCCUCCGCCAGCAGCUCAGACUUCUCCUUCGGUGCGCCGUCGGCGCCGAAGUCGAGCUUCUCCUUCGGUGCAUCGUCCACACCCACGGCCGCAGCGCCCGCUGCGGGGCCCUUCUCAUUCGGCAAUCCCGCGAGCCCCGCACCCUCUUCAAGUGACAAGCCGACAUUCAGCUUCGGCUCUGCACCCGCACCCAGUGCCUCGGGCUUCAGUUUCGGCUCUUCCUCCUCCAACCCCUCUCCAACUCCCGGCUCGGGCUUCUCCUUUGGUGCGCCCUCCCCCGCUCCCAGCUCCGGGUUCAGUUUCGGCACAGGCGGUGAGAGGUCGAUCAAGCCGCUGAAAAGAGCGCCGCAGUAG